AUGAUUAAUUAUUUUAAUGAUUAUGCAAAUCUGUGUUUUGAGAAGUUUGGUGACCGUGUGAAACACUGGAUUACAUUCAGCAAUCCUUGGGCAGUGGCUGAGAAGGGCUAUGAAACAGGAGAGCACGCGCCAGGACUGAAGCUCGGCGGCUGCGGCGCCUACAAGGCUGCUCAUCACAUCAUCAAAACUCAUGCCAAGGUUUGGCACUCCUACAACAGCACCUGGCGCAGGGAGCAGAGAGGGAUGGUUGGAAUUUCCCUGACGAGUGGCUGGGGGGAACCUGUUGAUCCACACAGCCAGACAGACAGAGAUGCUGCUGAGAGGUACAUCCAGUUCCACCUGGGGUGGUUUGCAAACCCCAUUUACAGAGGGGACUACCCAGAAGUUAUGAAGAAUUAUGUAGGUAGGAAGAGUGCCCAGCAGGGCCUGGGGACAUCAAGAUUACCAACUUUCUCAGUGCAAGAGAAAACCUACAUUAAAGGCACCUCGGAUUUCCUGGGAAUUGGUCAUUUCACCACUCGUUAUGUUCUGCAGAAGAGCUUUCCCUUCCUCCAGGUGUCCAGUUACCACACUGACCCUGACCUGGCUGAACUGGUGGACCCCAGCUGGCCAGCUCCAGGCCCUAAGUGGCUCUACUCUGUGCCCUGGGGGUUCAGAAGGUUGCUCAACUUCAUUAAGACCCAGUAUGGAAACCCCUUGAUUUAUGUGACAGAGAAUGGAGUGUCUGAAACCAUGCAGUGCCCUCAGCUGUGUGAUGAGUGGAGAAUCCAGUACCUGAAGGGAUACAUCAAUGAGAUACUCAAAGAUUCCCUGAUUACUCACAUGGAAAUGGUGACAGAGAUUGUUCUUCCUACAGUUUUCACACUCUGCAUUCUCAUCAGUAUUGUCCUCCUCAUAUUCUACCUUCGAAACCACAGCUAAAUUUGAUGUUUGCACACAUCUUCAUUUGCCAAAAGGACUAAGCUGCAACUGGUUUAUUUGAGUAGUUAAAAUUUACCACAGAUGCUUCUUUUUAUGCCCCUGUAAUGAAAUAUUAUUUACCAAUCCACCUAGGGCUUUUAUAGUUUUUCUAUUCAAUUCCCAAAACAUCUUUUGGUUUUUACCAAAAUACCUUCUCUUUCCACUGAUUCCAAGUAGUACAUUUUACAAAUCCUUAUUAUUUUGGAAACUAUUACACAUUUUGUUAAUCAGAAAAAUAGUUAAGAGUAAAGUGAUUCAAAUCUUGCCAGUAGAAAUUUAAAGUGAUUAAAAGCUGCUUGAAAAUUCUGAUUUCAGUCUGUUCAUCAACAGCAAUUUGAUUACCAUGUAAUUGCUAUUUGAAUACACAUGAUUUUAAAAUAUAAAAGGACUUAAAUAUUCCCAAAGCACUGCUUAAACAUGAAUUUAUUAAUGUCUAAAAGUUAGGAUAAUAUAUAACUUGCUAUUCAGGUGUGGAGAAGAGUUGUUUGAAGUGAGUAAUCCAAGGUGACAACUCCUGAAUCAGAUUUAAACUGCAUCCCUGCAGUUUAAACUUACCUUAUACAACUUCACAAUAUGUUAUACAUGAAAAUGUGGAUUUUAAGUAAUCCAAGUACUUCCAAAAUUAAUA